AUGACGCAAGCCGAUACCUUGACGGCCAAAACGGCUGCAACCAAAGUCAAACAGCCCACACCAGAGGAAAUCAUGAAAGACUACAACUACGAUCCAGACGGAGUAAUGCGCAUUUCGCGCCGCAAAGUGCCGUACUCCCUAGAAAUCCAAGAUCCCGAUCCAAACUGGCCGAUCCAAUUCGAGUCUCUCAAAGCCGACAUCGAAGCAGCUCUCGGCCCCAAAGCAAUCUGCAUCUCACACGUCGGAUCGACCAGCGUUCCAGGUCUCCCUGCCAAAAACAUCAUCGACAUUGACCUGACUGUCGCAGACACCGCCAACCAGGACGACUACAUACCUGCCCUGGAAUCUGCGGGUUUUCAAUGGACGUUGUACGAGCCAGGCUGGCAUAAUCACCAUUUUCUUGUUCGAUAUGAGCCCAUGACGAACCUGCACGUCUUUUCGGAGGGGUGCCCAGAACUGGUUCGGCACCAAAUGUUUAGAAAUCACAUUCUCAACAACAAGGAGGACCGGGAGCUUUACAUCAAGGCCAAGAGGGAUGCUGCUAGUGUAACAACCCAGAAUGGAGAGCAAGGAAUGGACUAUAACUUACGAAAAGAGAAGGUGAUUCGGGAGAUUUUGCAGAGGAUUUGGAAAGAGGCGGGCUUUAUAGAGUGA